AUGUCUACACAACCAAAACCUCGCCGUCUACCCCCACAAGCACCGAGCAACCCGACCCUCGCUGCCGCGCUCCAACAGCGCUCAGCGCCAGUCGCUCAAGCCGCCAGUGCCUCUCCUGCUGGACCAUCGAGCAGCACUCCCACCGCUGUCGGGUCUGUACCGUCUGGGACUACCCCUGUUACAUUGGUGCAGGGAACGCCGGUAGAGCAGCCUUCGGUGACGAGUGCACCUCCCGCCCCUACGACGGUCGACGCGCCUUCCACUUCCCAAACCGCACCGCUACCGAUAGACAUCCCUUCCCCCGACAUCCCCCUGCACACCCAGACCAAACCCCUCAUGUCCGACGAGGUGGACCGGCUUGUGAUGGCAUUCAAGGCCGCCGCCUUGAGAGCAGGGGAUAUCAUGCGGUUCCAGAACAAUGUUCGACGCCUAGGGGUAACACAAUUUGUUACACAAGCACCGUAUGCGCUGAGCAGUUGUCUUGCGAGGGAAGUGGACAGGUUCGACGAAGCAUGUGACGAGAUUGAGGCUGCACUCCUCAAGUCCUACGGACUGAUAUACGCGGAAAUCCAGCGACGGAAAGAAGCGGAACAUGCUGCUCUCCUCCCCCCUCCACGCGUCUCUUCCCGUGCAGCUACCACCCCACCGCUCACCGCAACCGGGCCGCUGCUCUCCCAGCCCACAUCUCCACGUCCCGCGACGUCCGACCGUCCCCAUCCACCCCCACUGAACACCCGACUACCUGACUACCCCCAGCGUCCCUCAGCAUUCCCAAGACCAAGUGCAGUGCACCUCUCCGCCCUUCCCGCGUCUACGCUCGCUCCCGGCCCCUCUGCCCCGCAGCAAGGAGCGGACGGCUUCCCUCCCGGCACGGGAAGGCUACACAACCACCCCGGACUUUCGCUUGACCUGUCCUCAACAAAGCUCUUUGGCCUCCAGCCAGAACUCGUCUCUCCUGUCACGCUUGCGCCUAAGCGCGCCGGUGCAGCUCAGAGCCCGACAGGACAGAUGCUCCCCCCCGAACUGCUGUCGGCACUCCAAGGUGUGGGAGGAAUGGUGGAUCUCUCCACAAUCCAGGCGUUGCAGAUGCAGAUGCAAGUCCCGCAGCUUCAGAUGUCGCCGCAUGCGAUGGCGUUGCAGCUGCAGAUGAGCCCGCAUCAAUCCCAAUCCCAGCUGCCUGUCCAUGGGAGGGGACUCAUGAGCCCCGCACGGAUCGAGCAUGAGCAGUUGGGGAUGGGGAUCGACUACUUCCGGCCGCCGCAGGAGGGGAGCAGACCUGGCUCUUCCGGGGCUGGCGAGCUGGGACCCGUGCAGGGUGGAGGGAUAGAAGGGAUGGACCUGGACUUUCUUGACAUGCCCGGGCCAGUUCCGCCCAUGUCAGAAGCGAGGGAAGAAGUUGGGGUCUCUGGCGUACCAGGACUCGGAAACUACGAGCCGAGAAAGGACGGGGCGGGGAUAAACAUACUCGCUUCUCUUGGAGAGGCUCCUCCGCAACCCGAAACAGGCGCUCUCCCUUCCGAACAAGCAGAAGCCCAGCCGGAGGGACUCGAAGAUCUGGCCAGUAUCGAUUUCUCUAUCCCAGGCCUGGAGGAUGGUGAGUUCGCACAAGACGGAUCAGGCCUUACAGGAACAGGAGGAGGAGAUAUUCGAGGGGUAGAGGGAGAUAUCAAUUUUGACUUGGACGACUUUCCGGAACUGAAUUUCCCGGGCCUGGGAGAGGGAGAGGUUGAUUUUGAGGGCCUGGGCGAUCUGGAGGGGUUAGGGUUGCGAGGCGGGAUGGAGAGUAUGGAUAGGGGAGGAGCGGGGAUGGCAUUGGGAGAAGAGGUGGACUUCGGUGCCUUGGGUGCAGAGGUGGACUUCGCUUCUCUCUUAGGCGGGACUGAGGCACCGAGUGUCAACCCUGGCACGGAAGGUGGCCAGCCAACGCAAGCUGUGCCCAAGAAGGACACAGGGAUGGACGACGACGGGAUGAUCGACCUCGAUGGAAGGAUGGACUUUGACGACCUUUGGGAUUAA